AGAUUUUUAGGGCAGAUAAACAAUGGCUAAUUACCUGACCUUGUGGGUUUUUUUGGCUUUUUGUAUGAUUACUGUUGUACAGUCUACAGAUAGUGGAUUUACAUUGAAAAGUGGGAAGAAUCCAAAUUUGGUGACCAAUCUGCCUGGGCAGCCUAAAGUGGGGUUUAAUCACUAUUCAGGUUAUGUGACUGUGAAUGAAGAACAUGGAAGAGCUCUCUUCUAUUGGUUCUAUGAGGCUGCUACUCUCAAAGAGAAAAGGCCUCUGGUCCUAUGGCUUAAUGGAGGUCCAGGGUGUUCAUCUGUGGGUUAUGGAGCAACACAAGAGAUUGGACCUUUCAUCAUAAAUUCAGAUGGAAAGACUCUUUCUUUCAAUGAGCACUCAUGGAACAAAGAAGCCAAUAUGUUAUUUUUGGAAUCUCCAGUGGGAGUAGGAUUUUCCUACUCUAAUAAAACAUCUGAUUACAAGAUAUUAGGAGAUAACAUCACUGCUGAGGAUUCAUACAAGUUCCUCCAAAACUGGUUUGCAAUUUACCCCCAGUAUAGAACACAUGAGUUCUACAUUGCAGGGGAAAGCUAUGGAGGGAAAUAUGUUCCUGAACUUGCAGAGCUGAUACAUGAUAAAAAUAAAAUGUCCUCCAAGAGUCAUUAUAUAAAUCUCAAAGGUUUCAUGGUGGGCAACCCAGAGACACAUGAUGCCAAUGAUUGGCGAGGCCAAAUGGAUUAUGCAUGGAGCCAUGCAGUUGUAUCGGAUGAGACCCACAAAAUGAUUUUAGAUUACUGUGAUUUUGAUGCUAACAAUACAUUUGACAACCAAAACUGCACAGAUGCAGUAGAUGAAGUUUUUGCUCAAUAUGAUAAGAUAGACAUGUAUAGUCUGUACACUCCUAAAUGCAUUCACAAAAACAUAACAAAGCAUGCUAAACAUGGGGGGAACCUGUUCAAGUACUCAACUCACAAGGUACACUUCUAUGUCUCAAUGAAGAGGGUCGGUGGAUAUGAUCCUUGUCUUGAUGACUAUGCUGCAGUGUAUUACAACAGAUAUGAUGUUCAGAAAGCUCUUCAUGUCCUCAAUGGCUCACACCUUAGAAAUUGGAGUAUUUGCAACUAUGAUAUCUUUAAUGGGUGGAAUUACUCACGACCAUCUGUAUUGCCAGCCUAUCAUAAGCUUAUGAAAGCGGGUCUUCGCAUAUGGGUUUACAGUGGAGACACUGAUGGUCGGGUUCCAGUGCUAUCAACAAGAUAUAGUCUAAAUGCUCUGCAAGUUCCCAAAAGUGCUUGGCGGCCAUGGUAUUAUCAGGAUCAGGUAGGUGGGUGGACUCAAGAUUACGGGAAGUUGACAUUCUUUACGGUUAGAGGUGCCGGCCAUGCAGUGCCACUUUUUGACAGAGGCGAAGCUUUGUUUUUCUUCACCUCAUUUCUUUCAGGGAAAGUUCUGCCGAAGCAAUGACAAUGACAGGCCUUUAGAAUAAUUUUUUUUGGGUUUUUCUCAAUAAAAGUGUAGAACAGUCGUCUAAAUAAAGUGAUUACAAUAAGAAAAUACCAGGCUAUGUACAUAUUUUCAGGUCCGGGUCUAUUUGAAUAUUACUGUGGAGACUUUAGCUGGUCCAGGCUAAGGAUGUUGAUGUAUAUUGCUCCUGUUUUACACCUUAAUAAUUCAUUCAAUUUAAUGGUUGAAUGUAUAGAUGUGACUGUUUAUG